UUUGGUUUUGUUACUCUGGUGUAAUUCGCGCAAACCGAGCUGCGCGUGGCUCAUGUCCCUCUGCGGCUCCUGUAGUGAAAUCAAAAUGGCUGCCCCUGUUGACAACGAUUUAAUCGAAGGUGAUUUGCCGAGAGCUGCACAGCUGCUGGGCAGCCUCACAGAGCAGGUGGCCUCGGUCACGAGCCAUGUCCGCGAGCUGCUAACACAAGUCAAAGAUGGAGCGUUUAAGACGUCAAAGGGUUUGUCUUUCUUGGACCUUCGGUAUCACCUGCUGCUCUUCUACCUUCAAGACCUCACUCACCUGAUCAGCGUCAAAACGGAAGGAGGCAAAAUAAAAGACAGCGAAGCCUUGAACAGAGUGGUCACGAUCAGAACGGUCCUGGAGAAGAUGCGACCGCUAGACCACAAACUCAAGUACCAGAUCGACAAACUGCUGCGCACAGCUGCCACCGGCAGUUUAGCUGAAAAUGAUCCACUACAGCUGCGCCCUAAUCCUGAGAAUCUCAUCAGCAAACUGAGUGAAUCUGAGGAGUCUGAAGGUGAAGCCAAGAAUGACACGGAGAAGAAAGCAGCCCACUCUAGUGGCAGGAAAUAUGUACCGCCAAAGAUUGCCGCAGUGCAUUAUGACGGUGACAUGACCGAAGCAGACAAAAAGAAGGCUCAGGCAGAGCGUCAGCGGCGGGCUGCCCUCAGAAGCUCUGUGAUCCAGGAGCUGAGACAGCAGUACAGCGACGCUCCAGAGGAGAUCCGGGACAGACGAGACUUCCAGAGCGACCGUGAGAGCCGCGAGGAGUUACACAGGAAAAAUUACGAGGAGUCGAUGAUGGUGCGUCUCAACAUGCCCGCACGUCAGAAGAACAGCAAAAAGAGAGGCAUGAUGUCCAUGACAGGCCAGCUGAGCGGCAUCACACACUUCAGUGACAUCACAGCACUGACGGGUGGCGAGGGCGGACAGGAUGGGGAUAACCCUCGGCCUAAGAAGAAGAAGAAACUCAUGAAGAAGAAGACCAAAAGAAAAGCUUUUAAGAAGCACAGAUAAACCUGAAAACAUGACGUCCACUGGUGUAAGAAGACCGACUGAUGACAUGAAGAGGACCAUCAAUGUUUUAGUUUGUACUUCAGAGUUUUGGGAUGUUUUAUUGCCAAUAUGUCAGUUAUACUAGUCAUAAAUUCCCCACCAUCUCUGCAUGGUGUGUGAUGAGUUUGUAAAAUAAACAUUUACUGUUGACCCUU